CAGCUGAGCGCGGUCACAUGACCUUCAGCAGCUUCUGCCCCUUCAGUGCUCCGCCGCCGCGUCUGGGUCAGCAGCUCUCCUUGCUGCCGCGGAUUCCGGGAACCUUUUUGGAGGAGGAGGAGGAGCAGAAGAAUUAUUAAAUCAAGAUAAAAAUGGAUAUCCGGGGUGCUGUAGAUGCUGCUGUGCCUACUAAUAUCAUUGCUGCCAAAGCUGCUGAGGUCCGGGCUAACAAAGUUAAUUGGCAGUCAUAUCUCCAAGGUCAGAUGAUUUCAGCAGAAGACUGUGAAUUUAUUCAAAAGUUUGAACAGAAAAGGACCCCAGAAGAGAAACAAGAAUUAAUACAACAUGAAGGCAGUCAGUGUGCUAAGACUUUCAUAAACCUGAUGACUCAUAUCUCCAAGGAACAGACAGUUCAAUAUAUUCUAACUAUGGUUGAUGAUAUGCUACAGGAGAAUCACCAGCGUGUCAGUAUUUUCUUUGACCUUGCAAGGCGGGGCAAGAACACUGCAUGGUCCUAUUUCCUUCCCAUGUUGAAUCGACAGGAUCUUUUCACUGUACAUAUGGCAGCAAGAAUUAUUGCCAAACUAGCAGCCUGGGGAAGAGAACUGAUGGAAGGAAGUGAUUUAAAUUAUUAUUUUAACUGGAUUAAAACCCAGCUUAGUUCACAGAAACUACGCAGUUCUGGAAGUGCUAAUGAUCCUGGAACUGAUAGUUCACAGUAUGUCCAGUGCGUUGCUGGAUGCUUGCAGUUGAUGCUCCGAGUAAAUGAAUACCGUUUUGCAUGGGUAGAAUCGGAUGGAGUAAACUGUAUUAUGGGAGUACUGAGUAACAAAUGUGGCUUCCAGCUUCAGUAUCAGAUGAUUUUCUCUGUCUGGCUGUUGGCAUUUAGUCCUCAGAUGUGUGAGCAUCUGCGGCGUUAUAACAUUGUUCCAGUCCUGUCUGACAUCCUUCAGGAAUCUGUAAAAGAGAAAGUAACCAGGAUUAUUCUGGCAGCUUUCCGGAACUUUUUAGAGAAGUCUACUGAAAGGGAAACCCGCCAGGAAUAUGCUCUUGCCAUGAUCCAGUGCAAAGUUCUAAAGCAGCUAGAGAACUUGGAACAACAAAAAUAUGAUGAUGAAGACAUAAGUGAGGAUAUCAAGUUCCUGUUAGAAAAACUUGGCGAGAGUGUCCAGGAUCUCAGUUCAUUUGAUGAGUACAGUUCUGAGCUUAAAUCAGGAAGGCUAGAAUGGAGUCCUGUUCACAAAUCUGAGAAAUUCUGGCGAGAAAAUGCUGUAAGGUUAAAUGAGAAGAAUUAUGAACUGUUGAAAAUUUUGACAAAGCUUCUGGAGGUAUCCGAUGACCCUCAGGUAUUGGCUGUGGCGGCUCAUGACGUGGGAGAAUAUGUCCGACACUAUCCUCGAGGGAAACGUGUGAUUGAACAGCUUGGUGGAAAACAGCUUGUCAUGAACCACAUGCAUCAUGAAGACCAGCAAGUUCGCUAUAAUGCCUUGCUUGCUGUGCAGAAGCUGAUGGUUCACAACUGGGAGUACCUUGGAAAGCAGCUACAGUCUGAGCAGCCUCAAACAGCAGCAGCCCGAAGCUGAGAAACUACUUUCCUUUGGUGGGAGUAACUGGAGCUAUCCUGAAAUAAGAAAAAUAAUGUGGUCACAAUUUCCUCACGGCCUCUCCUGCUAUUGUGUAGAUUUCUUUCAAAAUACCUGGAGUGAAUCUUAUUGUCUAGUAAGCUAUUGCUGACAGUUUGUUAGCUUCAUUCCUUCUGUAUUGCAAAUCUAAAAAAAUAUAUAGCUAAUAUGUGCUGCCUUUAUUUUAUGUAUUUAUUGUCUCUUGGGGGGGAGGGGAGAAAAAUGAAUUAAAAUAUAAUCAUUCCAUAUCA